AUGAAAUUGAAUAAUUUGCAAGGACCACAUAUUUGUGUGAAAGAAAUAACUUCGAGUGAAAAUAUUGAAAACGAUUUUGAAAUGUCAAUGAUGUGUAAUCGAUAUCGAGAUACAUCAGUUUGCACAUCAAAAUCACCAUCGGGAAAAAAUAACAAAAAGAAUUCAAUAUUGUUGUGAUGGUUAUACAACUGAUGAUAUUUAUCAAAAUGGAUGUAAUACCGAGAUAUCAGAUGAAUUAUUGUUUAGUUAUAACAUUUCUCGAGCUGAUGCUCCAAAUAAUUCAACUCUUCUUUUCACUCAAAUCGAAGAUAAGGUAACUUUUCGGAAUUAUUCAUACUUACAUGCUUUCACAAUACUUUACUUUUUCAGUCUUUUAUUCUUCCUGGUAUUCAAAAUGUUUUUGAAUGGAAUGAUAAACAAAUUAUUGAAACAAGUGAGAAAGAGAAGUUUGUAGUUCGACAAAAUACAAACGAGAUAACCGAAAUAUACUUGAACUGUGCUUUAAAAAAAGAAACAAUCAGAACAGAAAAUUCUGAAAUUCUAAAAUUCGAUGGAAUUCUGAAGCCUGCUGCAGACAACCUUCUAGCAAUUAUUUCUCAGAAUCCAGAACUCAGCACUUUUUACAAAGUUCUUGGUGAAGAUUUGCAAACUUUUUUGAGAGAAAUCAAUUCCGCAACAGUUUUUGCGUUCACAAAUAGAGCAUUUGAUGAAUUACCAGAACAAACGAGGAAACAAAUAUUGGAAGCUGAUAAAAAUGAUUGUAUUCAAGAAAUAAUGAAACAACAUAUUACAACUGCUGGUUCGUAUUGUUCAAAUCUUCCAAAACACGUCAAAAGUCUUUAUGGAACUAACAUGUCAAUUCGAAAAAAUGAAUCGACUCUUAUGAUUGAAGAUGCUGAAAUUAUCGAUUCAUCUGGUUUUGCAUUAAAUGGUGUUGUUCAUAUUAUUGAUCGAGUUCUUGUCAGAGAAAAUUGUGAGUUUAAUUUUUCAUGAAAAACAACAAGAAUAUUUGAAUGCAAAAAUUGCAGUCCUUUCGUGGCGAGACACAUUACGAUUAUUCAAUUCUGAUUUGGCUGAAAAAUUGGAGAAAACUAACAUAACAUUGCCAGUAACUAUAUUUGUUCCACCAACAGCUGAAAACGAAACUAAAAUUGAGAAUCCUCAAAAUUAUUUAGUGUCAAAUCGAUUGAUCUCAAAUUUUGCAUCAAUUGGAAAUUUUGUAACUGAUGCCAAUUCAACUGUAAGUUCAAAACACAAACGAAAUAUUUCAGUUUUUAAAUUCAGAUUUUCACCGGACCUUCUGAUGAUGCUUCCUCAAAACUGUUUUCAAUUCGAAUUGGGAUGAAUGAUUUUUCAUCUUCAAAAAAUGGCCGAGUUGGAUGUUCUAAGUUUUCUGCCUCGUCGAUUUAUUCUUGCAAAGCAAUUAUUCAUUUUCUUGAUAAGCCACUUCCAAUUGUCACAAAAACUGUUGAAGAAUAUAUUGAAUCAAGAGACGAUUUGAAUAUGUUUGCGAAGAUUUGGAAAAAAUCUAAUAUUUCCGUUGAUUCAACAUCAAGAAUUACUGUAUUUGCACCAACAAAUGACGCAUUUUCAGCAAAUGUUCUCAAAAAAAUAUUGAAAAAUCAAAAAAGUGCGGAAUCUUUCGUGAAUCGGCAUAUUGUCAAAUCAAUUCUCUGUGCAUCAGAUGUUGAAAAAUCAGAAAAUGAAGUUCGAUCAACAAUGUAUACUUCAAUUGGAGGACAAAUAUUAACACCAACUUAUGAUGAAGGACAAGUUGGGAUAAAUGAUUCGAAAAUUCAAGAAAUUGAACUUGUUCAAUCAAAUGGAGUUGUUCAUAUUCUUGAAUCAUUCAUUGAACCAACAUCGAAAACUUCGAAUAAAUCCGGAAGAAUUCCAACAAAUCAAAUAAUUAGAAGUCCAUUAAGCAUCUUUUCGCAUCUUUUUGGUAAAAAAUAAAUAAGUAGUUGUACAUAUAUAUUUAUCGUGAUUAAUAAACUUUAUUUUGUCAAUUCCAACCAGCCUUGAUCAAGAAAACAACACAGUAUUCAUAUAUCAAAACUAUACAUAAAUAGGAAUUACUUAUAAUCAUUACUGAUGAUCAAGGACUCUUCUUUUUUCUCCGAAAAAAAAAGUAAAAUGACCUGUUUUUAAUAUCUUUUUUUUGGGCGUAUAUCUAUAUUUUUGGGUGUCAUUAUAUUUAGGUCAUUGUCAUAGUUCCUCAUUAGUUUUAUUUCUAUGGUGUACGGGAUGAAUUCUGUACAUUUUUCAAUAUUUUUAUUUUUUAUAUGCUUUGCUUGCUCUUCUGCAUAUGAAGAUGAAGAUGAUGCGAAAGUGGUGAGUUAUAAGAGAACCAGAAAAAAAUGUCCCAAACAAAACAUUUUGAGAAAAAUGAGAUUGGCCGUUUCAAAAAAAAUAAUAAUAAAACUAAGACUAUCUUUGAAAAUACAUCUAUUGCUUUUCCAGCGUGAAAUUCUCGGUUCCUUUUCGUUAGAUGAACUUCCCGGCCGAAGUUCAAGUCGUCGAGUUCCAAUUGAAAAAGAAGAAAAAGACGAAAAUCCUAUGCAAAACGUCGUGCAAACUCUCGAAAAAGCAACCGGUUUAUUUGGACAAUUUAUAGAAAGUGACAAAUUACCAUUUCCAUUUACUUUGUUAUCAACAUUCAAAACACAUCUUGGAGAUGUUAGAAAUAAACUUCAACAAAUGUCAAGUGGCGAGAAAAAAGAUGACGAUGAUGAAGAUGAUGGUUCCCUAUUUUCAAUUAGUUCAAUUCAUAGGAAAAUGAAUAAUUUGGAAGGACCACAUGUUUGUGUGAAAGAAAUCACGUUGAAGGAGAAAAUGGAAAAUCUAAAUUUGGAGUGUGAUAGAUAUCAAGAUGCAUUAGUUUGCAAUUCAAAAUCACGUUCUGGAAAAAUAACGAAACGAAUUCAGUAUUGUUGUGAUGGUUAUACAACUGAUGAUAUCAAAGAAAAUGGGUGUAAUAUUGAAAUAUCGGAUGAAUUAUUAUCUAGUUAUAAUAUAUCACAAUCAGAUGUUCCAUAUAACUCAACUCUUCUUUUUACUCAAAUUGAAGAUAAGGUAACUCUUUGGAAUUAUUGAAACAUAUUUCACAGAACUUUUAAUUUCAGAAUCAGUCGUAUAUUCUUCCUGGUAUUCAAAAUGUUUUUGAAUGGAAUGAUAAACAAAUUAUCGAGACAAGUGAGAAAGAGAAGUUUGUAGUUCGACAAAAUACAAACGAGAUAACCGAGAUUUAUUUGAAUUGUGCUUUGAAAAAAGAGACGAUUCGAAUGGAAAAUUCACAAAUUCUGAGAUUCGAUGGAGAUUUGAAACCAGCUGCAGAUAAUCUUCUCGAAAUUAUUUCACAAAAUCCAGAACUCAGCACAUUUUACAAAGUUCUUGGUGAAGAUUUACAAAAAUUUUUGAAAGAAACCAAGUCGGCAACAGUCUUUGCGUUUACAAAUGAUGCUUUUGAUGAGUUGCCAGAGACAACGAAAAAACAAAUAUUGUCAGCUGAUAAAAAUGAUUGUAUUCAAGAAAUAAUGAAACAACAUAUUACAACUGCUGGUUCGUAUUGUUCAAAUCUUCCAAAACACGUCAAAAGUCUUUAUGGAACUAACAUGUCAAUUCGAAAAAAUGAAUCGACUCUUAUGAUUGAAGAUGCUGAAAUUAUCGAUUCAUCUGGUUUUGCAUUAAAUGGUGUUGUUCAUAUUAUUGAUCGAGUUCUUGUCAGAGAAAAUUGUGAGUUUUAUUUUUUCACGAAAAACAACAAGAAUAUUUGAAUUCAAAAAUUUCAGUCCUUUCGUGGCAAGAUACAUUGAAAGUAUUCAAUUCUGAUUUGGCUGAAAAAUUGGAGAAAACUAACAUAACAUUGCCAGUAACUAUAUUUGUUCCACCAGCAACUGAAAACGAAACGAAAAUUGAAAAUCCUUUAAACUAUUUGGUUUCCAAUCGAUUAAUCUCAAAAUUCAAUUCAAUUGGAAAUUUCGUAACUGAUGCCAACUCAACUGUAUGUUAAAAGUUUAUAGACCAAGGAAAAUAUCUGAUGUUUUCAUUCAGAUUUUCACCGGAUCAUCAUCAGAAGAUAAUGAUAGUUCAAGUCUUUUCUCAAUUCGAAUCAGAAGCAAAGAUAGUUCAUCUUCAGACAAUGUGCGAGUUGGAUGUUCCAAAUUCACACCUCCAUCAUCGAUUUAUUCAUGCAAAGCAAUUAUUCAUUUUCUUGAUAAGCCACUUCCAAUUGUCACAAAAACUGUUCAAGAAUAUAUUGAAUCAAGAGAUGAUUUGAAUAUGUUUGCGAAGAUUUGGAAGAAAUCUAAUAUUUCAUUCAAUUCGACAUCAAGAAUUACUGUAUUUGCACCAACAAAUGACGCAUUUUCAGCGACUAUUUUCAAAAAAAUUAUGAAAACUCGAAAAACCGCGGAAUCAUUUGUGAAUCGUCAUAUCGUCAAAUCAAUUCUUUGUGAAUCAGAUAUUGAAAAAUCGAAAAAAGAGAUUCGAACAACAUCGUAUACUUCAAUUGAACGACAAAUAUUAACACCAACUUAUGAUGAAGGACAAUUUGCUAUAAAUGAUGCAAACAUUCAAGAAAUUGAACUUGUUCAAUCAAAUGGAGUUAUUCAUAUUCUUGAAUCAUUCAUUGAACCAACAUCGAAAACUUCGAAUAAAUCCGGAAAAGAUGAAAUGAUUGGAAACCCAUUCAGCAUCUUUUCUCAGUUUGCUCCAAAUUCAAAAUCUUCAAGCAAUUCCGGAAUGCCCGGAAACCCAUUUGGUCUUAUCCAAUUUCUUGGGUAA